CCCUGGUGCAGUUUGUUGCUGCUCACUUGAAUCCUCAAAGACAACUUAUUUUUCUACGAUUUAUAUUGACGGAAAGUGCCUACAUGCGUCUUGCCAAUCCUCACCCGGACCAGUGGCAUCUGUAGCAUACUUCUGAAGGCUGGUACAGAGCGGACCCCUAGUGGUCGUGGAGAGGAUAACGCGCGUCCUAACGUGGCUGUGCGCCCAGAUACUCGGCCGAGAGCGGAAGAAAGAGGCGGCAACCUACAACUAGUCUCCACUAUCUCACACUGCUCAGACUCUGCUGUUCGGGACACACAUCAAAUCUAAGCCUGCGGUGACAAAUAAAAUCAUGGAAGACGAGAACAAGAAGAGGAUGAAGGAGAAAUUUGGACUGAGGCGGGAUAUCUUUAAAGAGUUCCUGGCUGAGUUUCUGGGGAUAUUUGUCUUGAUACUUUUCGGAUGUGGUUCAGUGGCCCAGACCGUGCUGAGUAAAGGGGCUCUGGGGGAGCCCUUGACCAUCCACAUUGGCUUCACUCUGGGAGUCAUGAUGGCUGUUUACAUGGCCGGAGGAGUGUCAGGAGGUCAUGUAAAUCCCGCUGUUUCUCUGGCCAUGGUGAUCCUGGGGAAACUUUCUGUCAAGAAGUUCCCUAUUUAUGUGGCAGCCCAGUUCCUUGGAGCAUUUGUCGGAUCCUGUGCUGUCUUUGGGCUCUACUAUGGCAAGUACUUCACACAGACAUUGCUUUUUCUCAAGUUAUGCAUUCUAUAUUGACUGAUAAAUUGCACAGAUGCUCUGAUGGAGUACACCAAUGGAGAAUUCAUGGUUACUGGUCCAAAUGCUACAGCCAACAUAUUUGCUUCAUAUCCAGCGAAACAUCUGUCAGUCCUUAAUGGAUUUAUUGAUCAGGUGAUUGGAACUGCAGCACUGAUCCUCUGUAUCUUGGCCAUCACUGACAAGAGGAAUAUUGGGGCUCCUAAAGGCAUGGAGCCCCUGUGCAUUGGCUUGGCCAUUACUGCCAUUGCGGUGUCUAUGGGUCUGAACUGUGGUUAUCCCAUCAACCCUGCGCGAGACCUGGGCCCACGGUUCUUUACUGCUGUGGCCGGCUGGGGCAUGGAUGUGUUCAGGGCUGGGGGCUGCUGGUGGUGGAUUCCAGUGGCGGGGCCUAUGGUGGGUGGAGCUGUGGGAGCUGGAGUUUACUUCCUGUGUGUGGAGCUGCAUCACCCUGAACCUGAGAAACAGGCUGAGAACAACAUCCCUGACAAGUAUGAGAUGGUCACCAUGAGUUAGGCCCUGGAAAACACAGCAAGCAACAAGCAUAAGACAAAAGUCCAGAUAAGAGCAAAGAGAGGUUCCUUUCCAGUCUUGGUUAAGACUGUGAUAAAGCACUACUUGAACAAUGUUUUUAGCUAUUUAUAAAAACAAUAUAUAUAUUUUUAAUAAUAGUUAUGGUCCUAUGUUAUUGUUUUUGUAACUGUAUUUCCAAAUGACUCCACUGCACUUUUUCUUUUACAUGUUUUGCCUGAAUAUUACAGUUAU